UGUGCAGCCUUCUCUCUGCUGAGAUAAAUGCUUGAGGUCAUUUUAAAAUGGCAACUAGAAUUGCGGACCUUUAUUGUGAAGGUCUAACCGCUGAACAUCCGGUGUCGUCCUUCUUCUCCUCCGUGAACUUGACGCGCCAUUUUGUCCGCUCGCCGCGCCCGUCCGCCGGCGGCUCACUUCAGCUCCGUGGACGCAACUUCGGGCGUUUUCCUUCGCCGUUCCUCCCGUCCACGGUAAACUCACGUUUCACCGGAUAAACAACAGAGUCACCUUUCCGUCCAGCCGUCCCGUCACCGGCGCGUGGCCGUUAUUUGUUUUUUUCUCGGGAAAGCGAGGACAGCAGAAGCCGGGAGAAGCGGACUUUCCAGCGGACCGGCAAACUCCGCCGUCAGCGUCCAUGCUGGUCCCCGCACAGGUGAGCGAGGGCGGGGAGACGGUCCGGUGUGACCGGGUGUCGCUGUCUGCUGUGCCGUCGUGGCUGAUCUGGGAUCGGCCUGGAGGAGUUUAGGCUGCAGGAGCCUCUGUGUGUCCGGAGGAGGCGGCUGUCUGCGGUCAUGAAGCUGCCCUGUUCUCUCUACUGCUCCCUGUGGUUCCUCCUGCUGCUGGGAGCUGGAUCUCUGCUGCUGCUGGUCCGCCUGCAGGACCUCACCGAGACGGUCCAGCAGCACGCCCCAGGCCUGAAUGUGCCGGCGGCUCCCAGGUGGCCUGUAGAGAAGGAUCUGCAGACUGAAGACGCCGCAGCCGUGAAGCUGAAAGUCUCGUCUCGUCUGUCUCCGUUGAUGCUUGAAGACUCUGCAUUCGGCUCCAAACAGCCGGUCACCAAACGUCACAGGAAGCUGCUUCUGAAGAGCAACUUCGCAGCUUCCAGCAGUCCUGCUGGCGGAGAGGAGGAACUACACCUGCAGCAGCAGCAGCAGCAGCAGCUGGCGAGGACUCAGGAGUCCCGGCGCCGCCUGCUGGCCGACGUCUGUGCCAAAUACCAGCCGGCCGUCACCGAGCAGCGCGUCUCUCAGCGGCAGGUGUCACGGGUUUACGUUGAGGACCGGUCCAGGCUGCUGUACUGCGAGGUGCCCAAAGCCGGCUGCUCCAACUGGAAGCGGGUGCUGAUGGUGUUGGGUGGCAGCGCCACUUCCACGCGAGACAUUCCUCACGACGCAGCGCAUUACACCAACCACCUGCGGCGGCUGGAGAGCUACGACCGCGCCGGCAGCCGAGAGACUCGCUCCUACACCAAGGUGCUGUUCGUCAGGGAGCCCUUCGAGCGUCUGGUGUCGGCGUUUCGGGACAAGUUUGAGAGUCCGAACUCGUACUACCACCCCGUGUUCGGACGCCCGAUCAUCUCCAGGUACCGCACCAACGCCACACGCACCGCCCUGAGCACCGGCGCCGGCGUCACCUUCAGGGAGUUCAUCCAGUACCUGCUGGACGUGCGUCGGCCGGUGGGGAUGGACAUCCACUGGGAGCCGGUCAGUCAGCUGUGUAACCCCUGCCUCCUCAGGUACAACUUCAUCGGGAAGUUUGAGAGCCUGGCGGAAGAAGCCAACUUCCUGCUGCGGAGCGUCGGAGCGCCCAGCAACCUCACCUUCCCAGACUUCAAAGACAGAAACCCCCUCGCAGAGAGGACUUCCUCCAAAAUCACCCAGAGAUACUUCGCCCAGCUGAACUCCACAGAGAGGCAGAAGGCCUUCGACUUCUACUACAUGGAUUAUCUGAUGUUUAACUACCCGAAACCCUUCAAAGACCUGCACUGAGCAGCAGGGCUCUGAGGCCGAGCGGCGUCACAGAACCUGAUCACCUCACUGAUCAUGUUUUAUUAAUUCGCCUUCAUGUAGAAAUGUUGUUCUUUAUUUUCAGGUGCUCAGUGACUCACUGCAGCGCUGCCAUAUUGGACAGAACACCUGAACUUUUAGACUUGUUUUAACAGUCGGACCGGAGUCCUGGGUGUUGACUUGUUUACCCACAAUGCAGCUGAUGUGACAGGAACAUGGCUGCCUGGAUGUUUUAUAUGCUGAACCACUUUAAAUAUGCACUGCAGUCACGUUCGGUGGCUUUAAUCUGAGCGGUUUGUUGGUGAAACCGUUUUAAACGGUUUUUAUUUUUGAAGUCCUUGACAGAGUGGCGUUACAGACUCAUCACUACAGUAGGAAUCAGAUGAAUGCCUGAACACCAACUCCGAUCCACAGGUUCCCCCUGACAGGACCGAGCCGCGACUCUUUUAGAUUUAAACCAAACAAACCUAAUCUCUGUAUUUCGGCCAACAGUUCUUUUUACAGACCGGCUGUCUGCUGGAAACGUUUUUCAGAAAUUCCUUCAUGUGAUUUCUCGUUUAUUAUGCUCUCUAAUUACUUAACCCCGACGUUCCCGCAGUGAUGCGCAGGUGUACUCCGUGACAUCAUGACAUCAUUGGUGGGUGCGGUUACAGGUAAAACCGACCACUCAGCUGCAAAUAACGAUUCUUUUCAUUAUCGAUUAUCUAUUGUCUAUUAAACAUCAUAAUUUCCAGAGGCGACGUCUUCAAAUGUCGCGUUUUGUCUAAAAGAUCUUCAGUUUCCUUUGAUGCUAUCAUAGAGAGCUCGGCCUCGACCCGCUCUGUAGGAGAAGUGCACUGAGAAAACUUCUCUAAUGAAGUGGUGCUAUAUAAAUACAACUGACGUGAAUGUAAGACCAAGAAAAGAAGCUGGAACCAUCAAAAUGAUUUUUUUCUUGAAAACUUUACCUAAGCGAUUAAUCGAUGAUCAAAAUAGUUGCCAAUUAAUUUUCUGUCGAUCGACUCGACAGCUCUACAUCUGAUCUCAGAACUGUACCAAGUUAUUAUGACAUUACGUUGAGGGAAUUCAUUAAAGAGCCACUCCACGGCUGCUCUGGCCUCUGUUUUACCUGACGACAGCUGACAUCACAGCUGGGCGUGGUCAGGUGUGAUCUGUCGUACCUGUGACCACGCCCGGCUGGGCAUAUAUAUAUAUAUAUAUAUAUAUAUAUAUAUAUAUAUAUAUAUAAUGCAGUGACAUAUAAUACAAAAGGAAGACUGUGAAAUAGCACAUAAUAAUAUAAAAAUACAAUAAUAACAAUAUAGUAGUAAUAUAGAAUUAUUAUAUAGUUGUAUAAUGCAAUGUAAAAUAAACUAGUGUUAUAGAUAUUUACUUCUUAAAUUACUACUCCCAUAAUAAUAAUAAUAACUGGUGUGUUGUUGCCAAACAAACAACUUUAUUUUGCCGUCUUUUUAUUUGACAGAUGACAGGAAAUAUACUGAACAGCAUCUUUGACCACUUGGCCAUUAAAAAGCUCCAGAAAUGAUUGAUUAGAGGAAAUCAUUUUUCCAGAUAACUGUUGAAACAAACGUGUGAAACUGCCGGCUGGACGUUAGGAGGUCAAAGUUCAGCCGGGACUGAAAUGUCUCCUAACAGAACGCGUGGACAGGAGUUGGUGUUAACCAGAAGGACGGUCAUGGUUAUUAUUAUUGUUAUUAUUAUUAAUAACCCUGACGCGACGUGCUUCGCCGCUGCAGAAGCUCCAGGGUGAAGGUGUCGGUGACGUUUGAACAUCACGUUUAAAGGCCGAGCUUUUCUUUGUAGCUUCAGAAACUUCACUCUGACUCACGCAGAGAACAACAUGCAACUUUACUGACUUCUGUGAAGUUCAUUUUAAAUUCAUUUCUGCGUCUAAUAAACCACAACAUCGUUAAGAAACGAUGGCCGCAGCGCUGCUGUUGACGUUUGGACUGCUGGAUCAGAGAGAGUUAUAUGUAAGUCGGACUGUUUGUGUUCUGGUCGUCUGUAACGAAGAGGAGGAACGACAUCAGUGCAGGUAAACGUGAAGAUGACCUCGAAGCCUUAACACUGCCAUUUCACCUGAUGCGUUACGUCGGUUGUUUGACUGCAAAUAAACGUGUGAGACUCUUGUUGAUAAUAUAAU